UUUCACAACCUGUUUUAGCCUAUUGUGUUUAUUUUGCGAUGUUCUGUAACAUGAGUAAAUGUAGACUGCAUGUGGAUUGCAUGACAUCACGGCUCCAUUCAAAGACCACCUGAUGUUGGCCCAUUAAAAAAGGAGGGGAAACCACGAGAAACGUCGCAUCCUCGAAGGCUCCUCUUGGUGUGAAGAUGGCGGUCCCAGCUCCGAGCAGCCGGACAGGAUCCGUUAGCAGUCUGGGAAACAGUCCAACCGCAGCACCGGGAGGCUUAAACAACAACAACACCAAGCUGUGGUGCUGCCAUGAGCUUGAUUUCAGGUCUGCAGUGAAGAUCGAGGAGCUCAACCGACUCAUCCAUGAAUUCAGUAAACAAGACCAACGAGAGUAUGAUGACCAGAGGGCACUGGAAAUACACACCGCCAAGGAUUUCAUCUUCUCUAUGCUCGGCAUGGUGCAAAAGCUGGACCAAAAGUUGCCUGUCGCAAAUGAGUACCUACUGUUGUCCGGUGGUGUGCGAGAAGGUGUGGUGGACAUGGAUCUUGAUGAGCUUGGUAUCUAUAACCGUGGCUCUGACUAUGACAUGGCCUUUACCCUGUUGGUUCCUGCACUAAAGCUGCACGACCGGAACCAGCCUGUCACACUGGACAUGCGCCACUCAGCACUGGGUCAUUCUUGGCUCAGCUUGCGACUUUUUGACGAGGGUACCAUUAACCGUUGGCGGGACUGCUGUACGCUGACUGACCAUCUAAACGGCACCACCAACUACUUCUUCUCACCCACACUGGUAGCUGACUGGUUCCAUGAAACUGUUGGACUGGUGCUGGCAGAGUUACAGCGCAAGCCACAAAGGGGCACCCCAAGGGUGGAGCGGGUUGAGCGUCACAGCACGAUGCUGUCUAUGAUUUUAGGUGUGGGCAGCAGCCGCAUGCUUUAUGACAUUGUUCCUGUGGUGUCUUUUAAAGGCUGGCCAGCGGUUGCUCAGAGCUGGUUGAUGGAGAACCACUUCUGGGAUGGCAAAAUCACAGAGGAGGAGGUUAUCAGCGGCUUUUAUCUGCUGCCUGCCUGCUCAGCCUCUGGUUGCCAGGAAAAUGAGUGGCGUCUUUCUUUCGCCCGCAGCGAGGUGCAGUUGAAAAAGUGCAUUUCACCAGGCCUCAUGCAAGCUUACCAGGCAUGCAAGGCGAUUGUUGUCAAGCUUCUAGCCCAACCCACAGCUAUCAGUCCUUACUACUUACGCAGCAUCAUGUUGUGGGCCUGUGACCGACUACCUGCAAGCUAUUUGUCACAGGAAGACUAUGCUGCACACUUCCUGCUAGGUCUCAUUGAUGACCUGCAGCACUGCCUUGUCAACAAAACCUGCCCUAACUAUUUCAUCCCGCAGUGUAACAUGUUGGACCACUUGUGUGACGAAACCACCAUAUUUCAUGCUCGUAAGCUAGCACUGGUACGCUCGGAUCCGGCUGAACACCUGCGCUCCAUCAUCGAACAAGCCAAGGCGGCCAACAGACUAACGCAGGAGAUGCAGCGUCGCGGGAGUUCCUCAGGACUGCCCUCUCCACUGGCGGAUCCUUCCUCAGCAGAUCACCAGCAGCCAGAUGACCGCUUGGCCAAGAAGCUACAGCAGUUGGUAACCGAGAAUCCAGGCAAGUCCAUCUCUGUGUUCAUCAACCCUGACGAUGUCACACGACCUCACUUCCGUAUUGAUGACAAGUUCUUCUGAAAAUGAAGGUCUAUUUUCACUGCUCUGAUGGCUGAACCAAUGGGAUGUGUAUGACAUCGUCAAUAAACUGGAGCUGUGUCCUUGUGCCUGCAUACAUCAGAUUGGAGAGGAUCUUUUGGAGGAAAUGUACUGCAACAGUUCUGGCCUUACUGAGUGGAAAAUCCCAACCAUUUGCACCCUCAAAUAGUGGAUUUCAUAUCAUGGUGACUCUGAGAAGAAGAUCUGUGUAAGUCUAGCAUAUUCUGGACAACGAUUUACAUGUAUAUGGAAAUAUAGUAUAUGUCUUCUAGGUGGUAUUGUUAUUCUGAUGAAAAGCCUAAUGUAACAAACUAUAGAAUCAGACAUUCGUUUUUUCGUGUUUUGCAUCUUUGCUGACUGAGAUGACACAUUUCCAUUUCCGUAUAUCACAUCUUUAUGUUUGUGGGCAAUUAACAUACCUUGUAGAAAACAACAGAAAAUAUAUGUUAAUGAAAGCCAAACCUUUUCUAUCUAUAGGCGAUUAAAAUCAUAUUCCAUAAGUGCAAUUAAAAGAAUGUACAUUUAUGCCCAGUUGUCUACACUAGGCGUGACUUUUGUCGCGUUGCAUCGCAACAGCUAAAAGCUGUCUACACUGAACGUGACAAACCGACCGUUGCAAAGCACUUGGACUAUGUCAGAACUAGAAUGGGGAAUCUGUUUACUGUCGGGAAUUUGUUUUGUCGCGUCAGGUUGCAUCCAGUGUAGACUAUAUCACUGAUUAUAAUGGGUUCUAUUGUCUUUUGACGCAUCACGUCCGGUGUAGACACGGUGUUAGAGUGAGGUUCUUGUAUUGACAAAACUGUACAACUAUAGCAGGGGUGGCUAACGUCGGUCCUGGAGAGCCACAGUUCUGCAGAGUUCAGCUCCAACCCUAAUCAAACAUACAUGAACAAGCUAAUCAAGGUCUGAAGGGUUUCCAGAAAGAUAUAGGCAGGUGAGUUUUUAUCAGGGUAGGAGCUAAACUCUGCAGGACUGAGGCUCUCCAGGCCCGACAUUCGCCACCUCUGAACUAUAGCAAUGCAGAAUUGUCUAAAGAGGGGGUACUUGACUUAAAGCCCUGAAGCUUUUGCUGCUAUUGGGGAUUAAAAGGAUGUUAUUUUGUUUUUUGAAAAUUUAUUAAUGAAAGUGAUUAGUAGCUAUCCAAUGUAAGCCCACUUAUCACUAAUGUUAAAGAGAUAGUUCACCCAAAAAAGAACAUUUCUUUGCUCUGCUGAACACAGUUGUAGGGCACCAUUGACUUACAUAGUAUUUUUUUUUCCAUACUAUGGAAGUCAAUGGUGCCCUACAACUCUUUAGUUACAAACAUUCUUCAAAAUAUCUUCCUUUGUGUUCAGCAGAACACCAUAUAACACAAUAUAUUUAUACAGGUUUGGAACAACUUGAGGGUGAGGAAAUGAUGACAGAAUUUUCAUUUUUGGUUGAACUAUCCCAUUAAUGGUGUCUCAAACAAACAAACAAACAAACAAAUACAGAGAGGAACUAUCCCUUUAAUGGUGUCUCAAAUAAAACAUAAAAAAAAAAAAAAAGAAGAAGAAAAAUUUGUAGUUUGUACUGUACCUCAAAAAAAUCUAGCUUGCCUGUGUUGUUCCUCCAGUAAAUAAAGAAUUGUACAUUGUUUUAAAAGCUGUGUUGUUAUGGAACUUUGCUUGGUCAAAAUCAGUCAUUUAAAAUUGUUUUAGCAGAAUGUAAAUGAUUGCAUACAAAAAUAAUACAUAACACAAUCAAUAUUUGAAAUCAUAUUAUAUAUUUAGACAGAAAAGGUGUUAGAGCAUGUUUGAGCUGUUCUGUAAGCAUAGGAAGGAAUCAUAUGCAUCAUGGAAGUGCAAUUUAUGUUGCAUAUUUAUGUAUCAAUUUAUGUUACAUACUGUAUAUAAGCAGACAUAAUGGUGUAUUUUCCAUUGAACUUGACAGUAAAUACACUGCAUAUAAAUACAGGGUGCAAAGGCUUUAGGUUCCAAUAAAUUGGCUGAUUUUGAUAGUUUUACAUGACAUUCAUCAACACUGGACACCGCCACAUUCUCUGCACUGUACUGUGCUUGUUUUAUUCCGACAUGUACAGACACAGUGAACUCCACAGGCACAUUUAGUCUGCGAAUUCUGUGACAUAUUCUGCGCCUUUCCACAUAACUACAACAUCCCAGUUCCUGAUGAUGAAGGAUUUCAUACAUCUACAGCACAAAUAGACAUAUCCACACAAUGCUGACAUGUGCUAUUAAAGCAUUUUGUACCCAGAGAUCCUUUAAAAAAAAAAAAAAACUCUUUGAGAGGACAUCAAAACUGACCUUUGUGUUUGACAUGACACUGUGCCUCUGAUAUCAGAACAGAACACUGAACUAUCUUAUAGCAGCAUCUAGUUCUAUUUUUAACAGCGGAGGUAACAUAAGCCGUUAUUCCCCUGUCCCUGUAUACUGCUGAGGCUUGCCGUUCUUCGC